CCGUGGUGAUGGCUGGCCUGGCCCCACUGGCCUGAGGGGCAUACCUGUCCUCGGCCCCAGAGAGCUUGCUGCGCACGGCCAGUAGCCCCGACAGCCUCCGUUCUCGGGCACCCAUGAUCACGCCCGACCAGGAAACUGGCACCAAGCUGUGGCACCUGGUGAAGAACCACGACCACGCCGACCACCGUGAGGGGGACCGUGGCAGCAAGAUGGUCUCAGAGAUCUACCUGACGCGACUGCUGGCCACCAAGGGCACGCUGCAGAAGUUUGUGGACGACCUCUUUGAGACUGUGUUCAGCACGGCCCACCGGGGAUCAGCCCUGCCCCUGGCCAUCAAGUACAUGUUCGACUUCCUGGACGAACAGGCCGACCAGCGCCAGAUCAGUGACCCCGACGUACGCCACACCUGGAAGAGCAACUGUCUGCCCCUGCGCUUCUGGGUGAACGUGAUCAAGAACCCACAGUUCGUGUUCGACAUUCACAAGAGCAGCAUCACGGACGCCUGCCUGUCAGUGGUGGCCCAGACUUUCAUGGACUCCUGCUCCACGUCUGAGCAUCGCCUGGGCAAGGACUCACCGUCCAACAAGCUGCUCUAUGCCAAGGACAUCCCCAACUACAAGAGCUGGGUGGAGAGGUACUACCGGGACAUUGCAAAGAUGGCGUCCAUUAGCGACCAGGACAUGGAUGCCUACCUGGUAGAGCAGUCCCGUCUCCAUGCCAGUGACUUCAACAUCUUAAGUGCGCUCAGUGAGCUCUACUUCUAUGUCACCAAGUACCGCCAGGAG